GGGGAGGCUGUGAAGAACCUGGAAAAUCUCAAGACGACCUACUCCAAGCUGUCCGAGCUGCACUGCGACAAGCUGCACGUGGACCCCGAGAACUUCAGGCUCCUGGGAGACAUCCUCAUCAUCGUGCUGGCCGCACACUUCUCCAAGGACUUCACCCCGGCCUGUCAGGCCACUUGGCAGAAGCUGGUUGGCGUGGUGGCCCACGCUCUGGCCUACAAGUACCAUUAG